CCCGUGGCGGGGCUGCGUGUGGGCGCGGCCUGGCCUGCUGACUCCCCGGCAUCAGGUUGUAGCCAAACGUGCGUCGGGCAUCAGCGGACACGGCUCUAUCGAUUCCAGCAUCUGCAGUCUCUUAUGUCUCAACUUUUCUACCAUGGUGACUUGUGUAGGAUGAUGUAGGACUUGUGUUGUACACACCAAAAAUACACAGAGCAAAGAGGUGGUUAACCAUAAAAACAAAUUUGUAGUGAAUCAAAUGCAAUUCUGAAGUUAAGUUUUCCUUUUUUGGGUGGCAAAAUGUUUUGAUAGAAAUGAAUUUUGAUGAAGAACUGAUGCCCAGGCAAUUGCCUGUGGACGACUGGGAUACCACUGAAGACUUUGACCCUAGUGUGCCACCAAGAACACCCCAAGAAUAUUUAAAAAGAGUCCAGAUUGAAGCAUCAAGAUGUCCUGAAGUAGUGGUGGCAAAAAUUGACCCAAGAAAGUUAAAAAGUAAUCAGACAGUAAAUAUUUCACUGUCGGGAUGUCAGCCUGCCCCUGCAGGAUUUUCUCCCAGUCUCAGAUGGCAGCAACAGCAAGUCGCUAAUUUUUCGAUCCUUCGACAGAGUAUAGACAAACACAGAGAUCAUUGGAAGUCACAGCCUUUGGACAGUAAUGUGAUGCUGCCAUCUCCUGAAGAUGAAGAAGGGUGGAAAAAAUUUUGUCUUGGAGAAAAGUUGUACUUAAAUUCGUCAUCAAUUACUAAUGAGAUUGAUAACCCAGGGAUUGACUAUGUGCAGAUGGGAUUUCCUCCCUUGUUGACUAUUGUCAGCAGAAUGAGUCAGCCUACAGUAUUUAACAUAUUGGAAUACCUAAUCAGCUGGUUUGGAGAUAAAAAAUUAUAUCCUGAAUUGGGUAGAUGGUUAUAUGCCUUAUUAGCCUGCAUAGAAAAACCACUACUUCCCGAGGCCCAUUCUCUUAUUCGACAGCUAGCUAGAAGGUGUUCUGAAGUUCGUGCUAAACUAGAAAAUCCAGAAGAUGGAGAAUUGUCAGCAUUGAAUUUACUCAUUUGUUUAGUUGCCAGAUAUUUUGAACAAUGUGACCUUGCAGACAAUGACUGAUGUUAAUGGAGUCUGGAAUGAAAAUUCAGUCCAUAAUUUUUGACCAUGUUAUGGUGACAUAAUUGUAUUUUGUUUAAAUUUAGGCCCUUUUCUUUUUUGUUGACACAAACUUGUCUGUUAUGCAGUCUUAUAUAAAAUCCACAUGGUAAAAUAAAUGGAGGAAUAAAAACAAAUUCUCAGAUAAUGUUUUAAGUAAAUUAAUUUGACAUGGUUGAAGUUGUCUGUUAUUGACUGAAAGUUCUUACAGAUUAGUUCAAAAUUCAGUAAUUUGUCACUGAGACCAAAGAAUUAUUGCUUUGCAAUGAAAAAAAACUGCACUAUUUAAUUUUCAGAAGAAUGGUCUUAAUUUUGACAAUGUAAUUUCUAUACAUUAAGCCACGUUUAUAACUGUAUAUGAAUGCAGAUAAAAUGUCCUUUGCUUUUAAUCAAAAACUCUCUCAUGGACAGAAUCAGAGGAAACACAUGCAAUCGAUUUAUUUAAUGUUUGUAUCUGGAAACUAAUCUAUUUUCUUUCCAAUGUUUAUUUUAAGUUUGAAUAUUUAUUCACAUUAUUCUGGGAACAACACCUGAUAAAUUCCAGUUUUAAAAUAUGGUCCUAUAGUUGUAUGGGAUUUAACAGCCCAAAAUGGUGUCGGUGCUCAAACCAGAUUCAAUCAGGUAUCCAUCAAAGCCACUAAUUAGCAUGAUUAACAAGUCAUAUACAUGCAUUCCAGUUGUGAAAUGCUCAUUUUAAGGGAACCUCCAUAAGAUUAGAAAUUUCCUCAUUUUCCUCUUCUAUGUAGUACAACAGAAAGAUAUGUUACAAAUGUACCAAUAUAGGUUGGUGCUUGGCUGAAUUUUUUUUGCAGUUCCAGCAGCUAGAGCAACAGAGGGGAGGAGCUAGCAGCUUUUUUAAAAGUUGUUUUUCAUUUGCGAGCUUGCUUCUUGCAGUUCCAGCAGCCAGAGUAGCAGAGGGGAGGAGACAGCAUCCAAGGGGUAAAUUUUCUAAAAUGUUGUAAGCUAAGUGUUUGGCAACUCAGCCAAUAAAAGGAAGAUAGGGUCAAUCAGAGCAGCCAUUAUGUGAGGGAGCCAGCAUAGGAGUGGGGAGCUGAGGCUUUGGCUCAAGAGGCUUCGGCACGAAGAGGCUGAAUAAGUGGCCCAGGUGUUGGGAGUGAAAGUGGAUUUUUAAACAAGGCUUCAGUGAGAAGGCACAGGUAAGGUUUUAUUUUGUUGUUGGCCCUUAGUCCUAGAUUCAGUGUAGGCAGGAUGGCAGUUAGGGUAGUGGAAUGCUCCUCCUGCAAGAUGUGGGAAGUCAGGGAACCUCAUGGUCUCCCUGAUGACGACUUCUGUGGGAAGUGCACCCAGGUGCAGCUCCUGACAGACCAGGUCAAGGAACUGGAGCUGGAUCUGGAGGUACUCAAGAUCAUCCGGGAAGCUGAGGGCUUCAUAGAUAAGACUUUUACUGAGGUGGUCACACCCAAGGUACAGACUUCAGAUAGAUGGGUGACCACCAGGAGAAGUAAGGGCAGUAGGCAGUCAGUGCAGGGUUCCCCUGUGGCCAUUCCCCUCACUAACAGAUUUACCCCUUUGGCUACUCUUGAGGAGAAUGUUCUUUCGGGGACUAGCAGCAGCAGUCAGGUCUCUGGCACUGAGACCGGCUCAGAGGGAAAGGGUGCAGUCAAGAUAGUGAUAGGAGACCCGAUAGGGGGAAAGACAGGCGAUUCUGCGUCUGCAGAAGAGACGCCAGGAUGGUGUGUUGGUGCCAGGGUCAGGGAUGUCUCUGAGUGGGUGCAGAACAUUCUCGAGGGGGAGGGCAAACAGCCAGAGGUUGUUGUACAUAUUUGCACAAACAACAUAAGUAGAACAAGGGAUGAGGUCCUGCAGAAUGAGUAGAGGGAAUUAGGUAAGAAAAUGCAGUACCUUGAGGGUAGUGAUCUCCAGAUUAUUCCCGGUGCCGCGUGCUAAUGAGUCCAGGAAUAGAUAGGCCAGAUGAAUCUGUGGCUGAAGAGCUGGUGCAGGGGGAAGGGAUUCAGGUUCUUGGAUCAUUGGGAUCUCUUCUGGGGUAGAGGCGACCUAUACAAGAGGGACAGGUUGCACUUGAACCAGAGGGGGACCAAUAUCCUAGCAGGGAAAUUUGCUUUUACCACCAGGGAGGAUUUAAACUAGGGGGGCGGGACUCGAGAGACUGAAGUCAGUAAGAAGACAGCAACCAAGGAGUGUAAGCUGAGCAAUCAGGAUAGCCAUGUUCACAGUAAAAGGGCCGACAGGACCACUGCUUUAAAUUGCAUCUAUUUCAAUGCAUGUAGCUUAGCAAGUAAAGCAGAUGAACUGAGAGUGGAUUGCCUCGAGGGACUGGGAUAUUGUGGCCAUAACAGAGAUGUGGCUGAGAGAAGGGCAGGACUGGCAGCUCAAUGUUCUGGGAGACUGAUGCUUUAGGCGUGACAGAGGAACAGAUAAGAGUGGAGGGGGGGUGGCCUUUUGAUAAGGCAGGACAUCACAGCAGUGCUUAGAGAGGAUAAUCUUAAGGGAUCAUCGAACGAGGCCAUUUGGGUAGAACUCAGAAAUGAAGAAUGGAAUGGUCACCUUGACAGGGCUAUAUUACAGACCCCUCAAUAGUCAGUGGGAAAUUGAGGAGCAGAUGUGUUGAGAAAUUGCAGUUGUGAGAAUAGUAGGAUAGUGCUAGAGAGAGAUUUCAAUUUUCCUGGUGUCAGCUGGGUCAUCCAGAGUGCAAAGGGUCUGGAUGGGGCAGAAUUUGUGUGAUGCGUCCAAGGUAGUUUCCUCACGCAACAUGUAGAGGAACCUACUUGGGAAGGAGCAAUACUGGACCUCCUCUUAGGGAACAAGGCAGGCCAAGUAACUGAAGUGGCAGUUGGGGAGCACUUUGGCCCCAGUGACUACAAUUCUAUUAGUUUUAAAGUAGUUACGGAAAUUGAUAGAAUAGGUCCACAGGUUAAAGUCCUAAACUGGAGCAGAGCCAACUUUUGAGGGCAUUAGGCAGGAUCUAGCUGGGGUCGACUGGGUGAUUCUAUUUAAAGGCAAAGAAAUAGUUGGCAAGUGGGAGGCUUUUAAAAAGGGUCAUAUCAAGAGUCCACGUGCAGUGUGUUUCUGUUAGGGUGAAGGGUAGACAUACCAAGUUCAGGGAACCCUGGCUGAUGAGAGAUAUUGAGGCUUUGGUAAGAAAAAAAGAAGGAAGUGUACAUAGUGUUCAAGUAGCUGGGUACAGAUGAAUCCCUCGACGAAUAUAAAAAGUUUAAAACUCGGCUUAAGAGGGAAAUCAGGAGGGCAAAAACAGGGUAUGAAAUGGAUUUGGUAGGCGGGGUUAAAGAUAAUCCCAAGAGGUUCUUCAGUUAUACUAACAGUAAAAGGGUCACUAGGGAGAGACUAGGUCCUCUUGAAGACCAUCAGGGCCACCUAUCUGUGGAGCCACAGGAGCUGGCCAAGAUUUUUAAUGUCUAUUUCUCUUGUUUAUUAAGGAAAAUAUAAUGAUUGCCAGAGAAAUGAGGGUAAUAAGUAGUGAGGUCUUGGAUCAUAUGCACAUUAGAGGAAGGAAGUAUUUGAAGUGCAUUAAGGUGGGCAAAUUUCCAGGGCCUGACCAAGUGCACCCCCAGACCUUAUGGGAGGCCAGGGAAGAAAUCGCAGAGGCCCUUGCAGAGAUAUUUACUUCUUAGCUGCUGGUGACGUUCAAGACUGGAGUGUGGCUAAUGUUGUUCCAUUGUUCAAGAAGGGUAGCAAGGACAGGCCAGAGAACUACAGGCCAGUGACCCUGACUUCAUUUGUAGGGAAGUUACUGGAGGGAAUUCUGAGGGACAAGAUCUACCAUCACUUGGAUAGUUGAGGCCUGAUUAGGAAUAGUCAGCAUGGUUUUGUGCAUGGGAGGUCAUGUCUGACAAAUCUUCUGAAGUUCUUUUGAAGAGGUAACCAAGGGGAUAGAUGAAGUGGAUGUUGUCUAUAUGGACUUUAGUGAGGUCUUUGACAAGGUCCCGCAUGGCAGGCUGAUCUGGAAGGUUAGGUCACGUGGGAUUCAGGGGGAGCUAAUAAGGUGGAUUCAGAUUUGGCUCAAUGAUAAGAAGCAGAGGGUGAUGGUUGAAGGUCGAUUCUCCAUCUGGAGACCUGUGACUAGUGGGGUGCCCCAGGGUCAGUGUUAGGAUCUCUGUUCAUUAUAUAUGUAAAUGAUUUGGAUUUGGAUAUGGAUAUACCUGGCACAAUUACUAGGUUUGCGGAUGCUAAAUUAGGAGGUCUUGUUGCUAGUGAAACAGGUUACAAUGAAUUGCAGAGAUCUUAAUCAGUUAGGGAGAUGGGCUGUGAAAUGGCAGAUGGAUUUCAACUUAGGUAAGUAUAAGGUGAUGCAUUUUGGACAGUCAAACCAGGGUAGGACUUGUACAAUGAAUGGCAGGGCACUGACAAGUGUUGUGGAACAGAGGGACCUGGGAAUACAAGCGCACAGUUCACUGAAAGUGGCCACGCAAGUAGGCAGGGUGGUGUUUAGCAUGCCGGCCUUCAUCAAUCAGGGCAUCAAGUUUAGGAGAAGGGACAUUACGUAUGUUGCAGAGUCAUUGGAGAGGCUGCACUUGGAGUUUUGUGUACAGUUUUGGUCACCCUGUUUAUAGGAAAGACAUUGUCAUGCUGGAGCAGAUGUUGUCUGGACUAGAAGGCCUGAGUUACAGGGAGGGGUUGGUCAUGCUGCAUCUUUAAUCCUUGGAGUGUAGGAGAAUGAGGGGUACUCAUAGAAGUUUAUAAAAUCAUGAGGGGUAUGGAUAAGGUGGACGGUCAUAGUCUUUUCCCCAGGGUUGGGGAGUCCAUAAACUAGAGGGCACAGAUACAAGAUAAGAGGGGAGAGAUUUAAAAGCGAACUGAGAAGUAACUUCUUUACACAGAGGGUGGUGAGUACCUGGAAUGAGCUGCCAGAGGAAGUGGUUGAGGUGGGUACAAUUGCAACAUUUAAGAGGCAUUUGUAUAGGUAGAUGAAGGUGAGGGGCUUGGAGGGUUAUGGGCCAAACGCAGGCACUGAGACUAGCGGGGAGGAUGCUGUGGUCGGCUUGGCCGAAGGGCCCGUUUCUGUGUUGUAUUACUUCAUGACUCAAUUCUGUGUGGGUAAUACCAGCUUAACAUUUAGUGAAGUUUUAAUUUUGUUUUAAAUUGCCAUAUGUUUGGCAAAAUCUUAGACAACCUAACCUAAUGCUUCCAUAAAACAGCAACAAUAUUAUGUAAUAUAUUAGUGGCAAAUAUUGUUAUGUGGUACAAGUAUCUGAUUUAUUAUAUUUUGAUCUGUUUGAGUUGUCUAUUAAUGACAAAAAAGUUUGAAUACUUUAGGCUUUUCACAUGAAAUUAGAAUUGUUCCCUAUUUCUACUUGGAACAAAGUCUGCUAAAUGGAGCGAUUUUAAAAAAAAAUUAAUUCAUUAAUACAAAAUUGAAUGUAACACUUAUUGCUCUUGGACAUUUGAAACAAGCUGUAGAGCACAAUAGAUUCUUCAAAAUGGAAGAACAGAUUCUGUUGAGUAAUUGGUUAUUUCUAGCAAAGGCACAGUGGCCUGAGUGGUUUCCUCCUGUGGUUCCAUAUUAAUAGUUCAUCAUCAAUGAUGACACUAAUAACUGGCUGAUUCAAAAGCCAAAUGUUUUCUGGUCAGUACAAAUGUUAUAUACUAAAGACUAACUUAAAUAGCACUCAAGGGGAAGUAGCCAGCCCAACAGAGGAACAAUGCCAAAGAAGCACCUGGGCUACCAUUAAGAUGUGGCUAAGGGAGUAUCCAAGCCUACAUCAGGACAACUGGCAUAAUUGUUUAACUGGCACUAGUUUCGACCAGCAUAUGCUGAAUAACUGAAAUUCCACUGUUAUAAGUUGGUAAUUUAUGGAACUGGAAGUAGUUUUUUUUGAGCAACAGUUGAUACCGUUACUUCUUCAGAAAUAGGAAACAAAACCUACAUGAAGAAUUGCUGUUCCAUUUCCAUGUUAGUAGUGACAUUUUUUUCCUGGUAUUAACAUGCCAUAUCAUCCAAAAUCUUAUCUGGAAGAUUGGUUGUCAAAUAAGUCAAGUCACACAUCUGACAAGACUUUUUUCUCUAAUACAUUCCCUUUGUCCACAUUUACUUUGGAAGCUAUGUAUGCAAGCUGGA